GUCCUCUUUUGCUGCAACGCCCCCGUGAAUCGAUGAAAUCCGAGAGACUGAGUAGAAUGAUAUAAACAUUGGUCGGUUACGAGGACUUGUAAUUAUCAUUUUUCUCCCAGGGAAUGAGACGAGAUCAAGUCUCGCCAACAAACACCUCCCCCACACCGUCCAUCUCGCCCUCGUAACCCCGCCUCUCCGAUUCCGAUCGCCUCCGCCGGCCACAAGGAUUCAAUCCGAUCCCUUCGAUUCCUAUCUGAAGGCCCUCCGAUCGCCGUCCGGAUCCCUGCUCCCUCGCUGCCGCCUUCGCCACCGCCACCGCCAUCGCCCACGGUCCCUUCGCCUCCUGUCCGCCUCGGAUCCCUCGGCCGCCGUGGAUGGAGAGAUCGAGGAGAGUCGGAUCCGCGAGGCUUUGCUGCUGAGGAGAGGGGUUGAGAGGAGAAGAUGCCCGGCCUCUCGACGAGGAGUGCUCAAUUCGGCAGUGCCCCGCCGCCCGUCCGAUCCGCCUCCCCCGACGGCAUCUGGUCCAAGCACCUUGAUAGCAUCACCUUCGAUCAGCUGCACAAGUUUUGGAGUGAGCUACCACUUCGUGCACGAAAGGAACUGCUGAGGCUAGAUAAACAGACCCUAUUUGAACAAGCUAGGAGGAACCUCUACUGUUCAAGGUGUAAUGGGUUGCUUCUGGAAGGCUUCUCACAGAUAAUCACUUAUGGGAAGUCAUUGCAGCAGGAAGAUCCCAGCUUUCAGCAAUCUGAUAGAGCUGGGACCCCCCAAUCCCAGAACACCAAUGAUUUUGAGGUGCUGGAUCCAUCGUUGCAUCCCUGGGGAGGCCUGACAACGACUAAGCAUGGAAUUCUGACAGUUCUCGACUGCUUUAUGUGUGCAAGAUCACUGAAGACACUCCAAAAUGUAUUCGAUAAUGCUCAAGCUAGGGAACGUGAACGGGAAUUGCUUUACCCUGAUGCAUGUGGUGUCGGAGGCAGGGGUUGGAUAAGCCAAGGGAUGGCUAAUUAUGGUAGGGGGCAUGGACAUGGAGCCCGCGAAACCUGUGCUUUGCAUACUGCAAGGCUUUCAUGCGAUACACUUGUGGAUUUCUGGUCUGCCCUAGGUGAGGAAACUAGAUCAUCCCUCUUGCGGAUGAAGGAGGAGGAUUUCAUCGAGAGGCUUAUGUACAGGUUUGACAACAAAAGGUUUUGCAGAGAUUGUAGACGAAAUGUCAUCCGUGAAUUCAAAGAGUUGAAGGAAUUCAAGCGCAUGCGGAAGGAACCUCGCUGCACUAGGUGGUUUUGUGUUGCGGAUUUAGCAUUCCAGUAUGAGGUGUCAGAGGAUACUGUUCAAGCUGAUUGGAACCAGUCUUUUACUGAUAUGGUUGGAACUUAUCACCAUUUUGAAUGGGCAAUUGGGACUGGAGAAGGACAAACUGACAUUUUAGAUUUCAAAGAUGUCGGCAUGAAUGGAAAAGUUGAAGAAACUGGACUUAAUCUGGGUGGUUUGGGUGCAUGCUUUAUUACAUUGAGAGCUUGGAAGCUCGAUGGGCGUUGCAUUGAACUCUGUGUAAAGGCUCAUGCACUCAAGGGACAACAUUGUGUCCAUCGUAGACUCAUAGUAGGGGAUGGUUUUGUGACAAUUACUGAGGGGGAAAGUAUUAGAAGGUUUUUUGAACAUGCUGAGGAAGCUGAGGAAGAAGAGGAUGAUGAUGCAAUGGACAAGGAUGAAAAUGAACUAGAUGAUGAUAAUUCCCGAUCGCAGAAGCAUGCUAAGAGUCCUGAACUUGCAAGAGAGUUUCUUUUAGAUGCUGCAACCGUUAUUUUUAAGGAACAGGUGGAAAAAGCUUUUAGAGAAGGUACGGCACGGCAAAAUGCACACUGUACAUUUGUUUGUCUUGCCCUAGAAUUGCUGGAAGAGCGUCUUCAUGUUGCUUGCAAAGAAAUUAUUACAUUAGAAAAGCAGACUAAGCUUCUUGAGGAAGAGGAAAAAGAGAAACGCAAAGAAGAAGAACGCAAGGAGAGGAGGAGGACAAAAGAACGGGAAAAGAAGCUUAGAAGAAAGGAGAGGCUGAAAGAAAAAGGGAGGGAAAGGAAGCUUAUUGAAUCAAAGUCACUUCAUGCUGCUUUGCCUGAAUCUAAAAAUAAAUCAUCCCCAAGUACUUAUGAGGAGUCAAUUAUCAUUCCUGAUUCUGCAGAUUUUGUUGGUGUAACAGGAGAUAUUUCUCUGCUCGAGUUUCCUGUUUUUCCUGAUGUUACAGAUGAACAGUCAUCAGGUGGAAGUAUCAAUAUGAAGACUGAUGAUAGUCUACAACAGCAAUCUGAUGUUGAUGGAAAAUUCUAUACGAAGAGUGGAUUGUCUUUUACCUCUGAAUGUACAAAAUCAUUGAGGCGGAAAUUGAGAUCUAGGAAAGAGAACUUUUUAGAGCAGUCAUCCAACUGUUACGAUAGACAUCGAUUUUAUAUUAGCAAUGAGAGCAGAGAUCAGCAAGAUGAAACUGAUAUCAGUACGUCUUGUUCCAGGGGCAUAAAUGGCUUGCACUGGCCAUCAAGAGAAAGGUUUGUAAUGAACAAUCAUAGGAAAUGUGCUCUGAAAUUCAAUGAGAAAUCUCACUGUGCACAUGCCAGAGUUCAAGGUAGAUUCGACUUUCAGUGUUGUAACUGUAGCUGUAAUAAAAGGGAUGAUUACAAUGAAAAGGAUGGGUAUCACAUUUUUACGAUUAGAUCAGGUAGGGAGAGGAAGACUGCCAGUAGAAUUGAACGCGAACUGGAUAUGCCAAGGUCUUCCAGUCGCAAUGUUAGAUACAAUAAUGGUUGUUACUUUUCAGAUAAUUUUGUCGUUCCAAAAGGAAAGCAUGUUGGUGAUACUCCAGGCAAAGAGAUUCUCCAUACAAAGCAGGUUUGGGAGCCACUGGAUACACAUAAAAAGAUCUCUAAAAGCAACUCCGAUUCUAAAAUCACCUUCAGAUGCAUUAGUAAGGUUGAAUCCUCCAAAGAGAUUUGUUUUGACAAAGGUGAAAAUGGGUGUCAGCAAUCUAAUCAAUUUGAAUCAGUUGGUAAUAUGUGCUCAUCUGAGCACUCUACCAGUUCAGGCAAAGUUGAUACUUUAAUUGGUUGUCAGGUUCUCAAGGAUCAUGAUAUUCCAGACGGAUAUUGUCUGGAUACCAAUAUUGCUUGUCAGAAUGAAUUUGGCCUAGUAAAAAAGACAGAGUAUUGUUCAAACAAGGGUAUAGAAGAGAAUCUCAGCCCCAUUAAGAUCAAUUGUUCUGAUACAGUUAGGAGCUCUUCUAGUUCAGAUAACUGCUUUUCAUGUAUUAGUGAGGGGGAUAGCAGCACCAGCUCUUCAAGUCUUCAAAAUGCAGAAUCAUCAUUAUCUUCAGAUUCAGAAGAUGCUUGCCAACAAUCUUGUGCAAGAGAUGCAUCAGUAUGUAAUAAUGAUUCCUUCCAUGAAUAUCUAGAUCAAUUUCCAGAUAAAAAGAUUAUGACUAAUAGAGGUGGAUCUUUUGCAAACAGUACUGCUGAAUUUCUAGCUGAGAACUUUGUAGAAUGUGAUUUGUCAGGAGGGAGAUCAAAGAAUGUUCAGGAUUCUAAUAAUGGACAAUUUGGAUUUGUUGUGUCCCCUCCACCAAAUUGCAUGCUACCAAUGCGAAAUAAUAGCAUACAUGUGCCAGUUAUUUCCUCACCAAUGGUGGGCUACCAUACUCAACAUAUAAGUUCUUGGGCAGCUUCUCCUUGCAAUGGGUUCAUUCCAUUUCCCCAGGCCAACCAUUAUCUGCUCCCAACUCUUGGCUGUGGUCUGCCGGCAAACAGAUUAUCAGAUCUCAACAUGCAUUACAACAUUGUACAACCUUUAAACGUUCCUGUUUUUGAUGCAAGGAAAGAAUUCAUGUAUCAGACAGGUAACAGAAUGAAUGUUCGAAACUCAGAAGAUCAGAACAAGCAUCCCAGUUUUUGUGGUUUUCAGCAAUUAAACACUUCUGUUCAACCAAUAGGAAGUCAGCGAUUUCUUGAAAGGUCAUUUUCAGAUAGACAGCUACCAUCGAAACAAUCUGCAGAGCAAAAUGGCAGUGCUGAAUGUUGUGCUAAAUCACACAAUGGAAGUUCAUCCUUCUCUUUGUUUCACUUCGGUGGUCCCAUGGCUGGAACUAAUGAUGAAUUCAUUGGGAAACUUCCAUCUUUGGAAGAUGAAACUACUGGAGGUUUCGUUUCCAACUUGACUACAACUCAUGCUCAGCCUUGCUCAAAAGAGGAAAUAAAGGUUGAAGAAUAUUGCUUAUUUUCUUCUAGAAAUAGUACAAGAUUUUCAUUCUUUUAGUGCAGGUCAUCAGGCAGGUAUGCCUUCAGACUUUUCCUGCUCCAGUUGUGAAAGUGUGAGCAAUUGGAAUCAUUAUAAUAAUCUUUGCGAAAAAUUUUAGCAUAUCUUCA